GGCAACGUCAGCUGAACUGAACCUGCUCACUACCAUAGCCACUCACCAAUUACAUAAUCCACCCUAUCUAACCAAACUUAUCCAAAAAAGAAGUGACGACACACAACACCAUGUCCAGCUUCACUCACGCCACCGCAUUCCUCCACGCCCACAUCAAAACCAAGCAAAAAACAACCACUCCGGCCGCCUCCACCACCAACAACAACCAAGCACCAUUUUAUGCUGAACAAAAAGAUAAUAAUGUGGCCACUAAUAAUAGCACCAACAGUAGUAGUAGAAGAAGACUAAUAUCAACAUUUCUAACAACUUCGAUGGGAAUAGUCCUGGGCGGCACAACGACAAUGACACCACAGGCGGCGGCUCAGAAUUGGGGGACUCGUUCGUUCCUGAGGGAGCAUUUCUUUGAGGCGGGGCUGUCUCCGGAGGACGCAGUGGCGAGGAUAAAGCAAACGGCGGAGGGGCUACAUGAUAUGAGGGAGAUGCUGGAAACAAUGUCGUGGAGGUAUGUGAUGUUCUACAUAAGGCUGAAGCAGGCUUAUCUUGAUCAAGAUUUGAAGACUGCAAUGUCCACUUUGCCAGACAACCGCCGCAAUGAUUACAUCAAAAUUGCCAAUGAAUUGGUAGAUCACAUGACCGAUUUUGACAGGUAUGUUCGGACACCAAAGGUAUAUGAAUCUUACCUAUACUACGAGAAGACCUUGAAAUCAAUAGAUGAACUUGUCGCUAUCUUAGCAUAACAGCGGCAGGGUAUAUUUGGAAUUCUAAUUUUUGUGGUUUUUCCAAUUUAAAUAUCAAAUUGAAGAUAUACAUACAUCACAAGGUAUUUGCACACAAAAUAUCAAGUAUAUGUUUAUGUACACACGUGUGUCGUUAGAAUAUGAAACCUUUCUUUUUUUUUU